CAGCAGAUGUGGCUAACACCAGUGAAGAAGCAAAACAGAAGGAUAAAACAGCCAAACCUGAAGUCAAGACAGCCGAUAAAGACAAGAAUAUUAAUAAGAAUAGCGGUAGAUCAAAGACAUCUCUUUCCGAGAAACAAGAACAGGAGAACAAGCCAGCAAAGGGAAUAGACGUAAAAAGUGGAUAUUAUUUCAAUAAAGAUGGAUCGACUGGCUCAUUCCGGGACAGAGUAUUCUGGGACAAACCUGACAGCGAAAAAGAAGAUGAGAUAAGCAAAGCAGCAAAGAAACAGCCUACAAAGAAGCUUAACGUGGAAGCCAGGAGCUUUGACCCCACAACUGCCAUAAGAAACAGUUUUUUCAUAAAAACAUCUUCGUCUCCGCAGAAAAAGAACGAGUCGAUCUGGGAAAGCGGCAAAGUAGUGGAUAUCCCGUGGGGCACAGGCAGGUCAUUUAUGCAAGAUAGAAUACAGAAUAAAAGCUACAGCACAAACAGAAAAGAGAUCAAGCCCUAUAAAAAACAAAACAAAACAACCUAUUCAGAAUAA